CAGAAGUGGAAAGAUAACUCUGCACAUUGAUAUGGAACCUAUGAUAAUCCGGUCUUUCCACGCACGGACUCCGGAUGAAGAGAGACGUGACUUCCGUUUCGUGAAGGAACUCCCUGAUCACCAGUACGCACCACACCCCGUCGUCUGGCUGCCGGAAGAUGUACAAGAUAUGGGAAACGGGACGUACGUUGCAGAAUUCGACUUCCCUCCUUAUGGUUGGCUGGCAUUCUUUAUCCAGGCCACGUUCCCGGCUCCCCAUGGAACUGCUCUUGAGUUCACCACCGAGGUGCACAUCAUUCCGGAGACAUUCCCCUUCCCAGAGUGCCACGGGACAGGCUGCAAGGGGAAUCUCGUUUAAAAGCACCAUGUUUAAAAAUAGCCUGGUAACCAACCACUGUUGGGUCUCAAAACGUUACUGUUAACUGUUCGGCAGAUCAGACUUGGUGAAUCGUAUGGACCUGGGUUUGACGCAGAAGUUUAUAAUUUACUGAAACUGAAAUCUUGAAAUUUCAAUAAAAGCUUUUUGUACAAGUGCAUGUCACAAAAUAGAAUGGAAUCAAAGAGAAUUCGGAAAUUUCCAGGGGCAAUCGGAAUUCUACCAAAAUACUAAAGCCUCUGCUGUAGUACUUGUUUGAAUUUAAAGUUAGCCAUAAAUUUAGGUAUUGUUAUACACCAGUGUGUAGUAUACAGAUUACUAUUGACAUUCAAAUGUCAGAAUAAUGACCUCAAUUUUUAUAAUUUGUUGUACUUUGAUUGUUAUACACUAGUGAGUAUAAAGCAUUCAAGUGUUAGUAAAGAAAGAUGAAAUCUUUGUUGUAUUGUUUCUAACCUUGAGUGUUAGCUAAUAGAAUAAGUUCUACACAGUACAUUAAGUGUUAAAAAAUAGAUUCCAAUGUUUCCUAGAAGAAUUCCGAAUUAUCCCGGAUUCCAAUCUCUACCAUGACAUAUAUAACAAGAACUAUUAUAAUAAUUUUUGAAAUUUGUCAACCAGGGCUGUGUUGAUAUAAACAAUGUAAGAAAGCUUCAAGAGCCUGUGACAAAUUUGACUGAAUGAGCAAAAGAAAGCUGUUCAUGGCCAUGGUUGUAUCUGAGAGUUAUCAUUAAGGUUGUCAUCAAAAUAAGUUAAAACAUAUGAUUGUAUAAAAUAUGAUCCAAAUGAACGAAGACAUAUCAGAUUUAUUCUCCAUACUACACUGUAGUACAAUAUGUGUUCUUCCAAAUCACCUACUGAAUGCAAACAGUCAAGAAUGA